CCUUGUGCAAGAGAGAGGAGAGGAGCGGAAGACAGCCGCUGCUGCUGUUGCAAGGAAGAGGAGACGGAAGGAAGGAAGGGAAGGAAGGGAAGGAGGGGCCCCGAGGGGAGAGGGGAAGGGGGAGGAGGAAGGGGGAGGAGAGAAGAGGAGAGCAGGGAGCGAGGAAGUGCAUGUGGGAUUUGAUUCACCAUCCCCCACAGGAGCGAGCAAGCCAGGAAGCAGGGCAGGGAGGGGAGGGGAGGGGAGGCAGGGCAGGGCAGAACAGAACAGAGAGGAGGAACGGAAGGCAGACAUUAUAUGCUCGCUCCACUUCACUUCACUCGGCCUUGUAUUGAUGUGGGUCGGUGUUGGAUGGUGUCGGGGUUUUCUUUGUUGUUGCUGUUGUUAGUGUGGUUUUGAUUCAAACUCGGUUGGAGGCGGAGUUUCGCACUCUGAGCAUGCGUUGAAGGAGGGAGGCACGCAGGCCAGCAGGCAGGCACGUAGCGAACGGCAGCAGGAGAAGAGGAGAGCAGAGGAGAGAAGAGAAGGGAAGGGACGGGACGGGAAGGCAAAGCAGAUUCAAUUCGGGUGCGGAUUAGAUCCCUGGGGUUACGACAGUGAGCUGCUCAAUUUUCGGUUUUGCUGGGCGGUGCGGAGUUGGCUUCGUUUUGGGCUGGGGUGGGUCGCACAGGAAGAAUAGCGGGUGUGGAGGCGAUGGCAAGGAGUGACGAUCACGGAGUGACUGGUUGCCCCGGGCGAUAGUGGAGCCGGGGAGUGCAGAAGAUUGUGAAUCUGUGCGUCUGGGUGGUUGCUGGAUUGGCUUUCUCGGUGUCGUAUCGAUGUUUUCGGGCUGUGUACAGAUGGGGCGUUUUGUUGAGUUUCAGGAGGGGAUCGGUCGUCAGGGGAGGACUAGAAGCAGCAGCAGAAGCGGCAGGAGGUCGAACUCAUGUCUACUUGGGCUGUGACCAAAAAUCAGGGGGGAAGGCAAGGGAUGAAUGGGAUUCGUGCCUGAAGUAGUCUAUUUUGCUUAAGAAGGCAUCCAUCAGCUUUGGCUACCUCAAAUAUCGGAGCUUUUUCCAACGACUGGUUCCCUCAAGCGUGCUCGUGAUUCGAAUGCGAUUGCAAGAACUGGAGACCGAAUCUUCGUCCAUUGCUGUUGAGAUUCCUGCUGACGGGGAGUUUUUCUCGUGCAACACUUCUUUUAGUUCAAGGGAGUGAUAUGAUGGGCACUUGAUAGUUGAUUUGUUUGAGGUGUUGGAAUUGGUGAGCAGCAUCUCAAUCGCGAGUUCGGUUUUGUGGCUGGGGGAAUUUUCCCAACAUGUUUUAAGGGAGCUUUAGGCAGGAAGGGCCGAGGCGUGUGUAAAUAUCACUACAGGAAGCUGAAAGUGGCGGGUAAGGCAAGCAAGGCAAGACCCCGUGGCGCCGGCCUGGUGGCUUCAAUGUAGUGAAGAGCAUUUGCGGAGUUAUGUACAUUAAGAAGCUGGGAUGAGGCUGGAGUUGGUGGCAGUAGGUCCGUUUCUUGGGCUCAGGAGUGCUACAUGAACAUCGGAGGGGCUCCACUCGCACGAAGAGGGCUUUUGGGUUCAAGUGUUGACGAGCUAUGGCCUGGCAGAAUUACCCCAUCUAUGUUCUUCAGAUUGAUAACAGACGUCUUUACAAGAAUCGGCUUGGUAGCGUCUGUGGUGAGUGAUACUUCUGACAAGAUGGACACAACAGCACUCCUCCCCACCUCUGUGCUGCGCAACCUCUCCGACAAGUUGUACGAGAAGCGCAAAAAUGCUGCCCUGGAGGUGGAAGGGGUUGUCAAACAACUUACUGCUGCCGGGGAACACGAAAAGAUAUCUGGUGUUAUCCAAGUUCUCACAAAUGACUUUGCGAUGUCUCCACAAGCUAAUCAUCGAAAGGGCGGACUUAUCGGUCUGGCGGCAGCUACUGUAGGCUUGGCGAAUGACGCUAGUCAGCAUCUUGAUAAGAUCGUGCCACCUGUUCUUAAUUCUUUUACAGAUCAGGAUAGUAGGGUUCGGUAUUAUGCGUGUGAAGCCCUAUACAACAUUGCAAAGGUUUCUCGGGGUGACUUUAUAGUCUUUUUCAAUGAUAUAUUCGAUGCUUUGUGCAAACUCUCAGCAGAUUCUGACCCUAAUGUGCAAAGUGCUGCACAUCUUUUGGACCGGCUCGUCAAGGACAUUGUUACGGAGAGUGACCAAUUCAGUAUUGAGGAGUUUAUUCCGUUACUGAGGGAGCGGAUGAAUGUGCUGAAUCCGUUUGUACGGCAGUUUUUGGUGGGAUGGAUCACGGUGCUCGAUAGCGUGCCAGAGAUCGAUAUGCUCGGCUUUCUCCCAGAUUUUCUGGAUGGUCUUUUCAACAUGCUGAGUGACCCGAGCCAUGAAAUUCGUCAACAAGCAGACCAAGCACUUCACGAAUUCCUGCAGGAGAUAAAGAAUGCUCCAUCGGUGGAUUAUGGAAGAAUGGCUGAGAUACUGGUACAGAGGGCAAAGUCUGGAGACGAAUUUACGCGUCUGACCUCAAUCACUUGGGUGAAUGAUUUCGUGAAACUAGGUGGGGAGCAACUUGUUCCAUACUAUGCCAAAAUUCUGAAAGCAAUCCUUCCGUCUAUUUCUGACAAGGAGGAGAAGAUCAGAGUGGUUGCAAGGGAAACCAAUGAAGCGCUUCGGGAUGUCAAAGCAAGUCCUGGAGAUGGCUUUGAAAUUGGAGUUGUCCUGGAGGUUGCCAUAAGCCAGCUCCAAAGUGAACAGGAAUCAACGCGGCUCGAAGCUUUGCGUUGGAUCUCGAUAUUGCUGGAAAGACAUAGAACGGAGGUGCUAUCAUUCAUUGAUGAGUUCUUCCCGAAGCUUUUGGAUGCUCUUUCCGAUACAUCAGAUGAAGUUGUUCUCUUGGUUUUGGAGGUUCAAGCCUGCAUAGCCAGAGAUCCUAACAAUUUCCGACAUCUGAUGGUGUUUCUCGUUCAUCGAUUCAAGACGGUGCCCGGUCUUCUGGAAAAGAGAGGAACGGUGGCAGUACGUCGCUUGUGUACCCGUCUUGAUGCGGAGAAGGUUUAUCGUGACUUUGCCUUGAUUCUUGAAGGAGAGGCUGAUUUAGAGUCAGCAACCAUCUUGGUUCAGGCGCUCAAUCUGAUCCUCCUUACCGCAACUGAGCUUUCAGACUUACGGAGCAUUUUGAAGAAUUCAUCGUCCAAUCCUGCAGGCAGAAAUUUAUUCGUUGCUCUUUACAAAUCCUGGUGUCACUCACCAAUGGCCACCGUAAGCCUCUGUCUACUGGCUCAGGCUUAUACGCACGCAAGUUCUAUUAUUCAGUCUCUUGGCGAAUUAGACAUCAAUGUGAACCUUCUUGUCCAAGUGGACAAGCUAGUACGGUUACUUGAGACACCAAUCUUUGCCUAUCUCCGAUUACAGCUACUGGAACCUGGCAGAUAUCCAGCUCUUCUGAAGACAUUGUAUGGGUUGCUUAUGCUGCUGCCUCAGCAAAGUUCUGCGUUCAAAAUUUUACGAACUCGGUUGAAGACAAUCCCGACGAUGAACACUUCAUCGGCUACAGACAAUUACGCUAUUAGACGCACGGCUUCUGGUGGACAUUAUGCUCAGAUACUGUCUCAUAUCCCUUCAAUUCAAAGUGCUUCUCAAGUUGAUGAAGCUUCACAAAACCUAGAUUCCAGAAAUGGACCUUCUUCAAUCAACUUUGACGCGCAUUUGCAACAGUUUGAGGACAUGCAGAACCAACAUCGCCAUUUUCGAGUGACACAGUCUCAGGCCAGGAAGCAGUCUCAGCAGUCUCAGCAGUCUCAGCAGUCUCGGAAACCCCCUAUAGUUCCUGUGCAGAAUGGUCAAAAAGAUGAUAUCAGCGAUCAGCGCCGAGGGAAAGCCACUGCAACCAGCAUCGAACCGUCCGCACGAACACCCGCAAGAAAUUGGCAGCGUUGAAACGGAGCCCAAUUUGUUCCCCGCAAGUUACUGGUCCGGGGUUGGAAUGCGAUGUAGUCAUUGUAAUGAUGGUACCCUUAAAAGGGUCUAGGUCCGAAGGGCUAUUUCCCACCCCCUUAUUGGCCGUUACACAACAUCCCUCUGUAAUUUUAAUUCUUGAGGACGACUCAGGUGGUUAAUAGAGUCUCGAGAGUUGGUAAAUAUCCUCUCAAGGAGAGACUGCUAACAACCCUCCGGAGUACGCCUCUUUCACCUGUGUAUUGCCAAAUGGUCACCAAUCCCUUCUGAGCGAUUUGGUUUGGAGAGUCCUCGUGUGGUUUAAGUUUUUGAUCAACCAUAUGGGCAAUGAUUGUGUCUUUCCUAGUGCAUUUAGGUUCUGAAGUUUCCUUUACAAGUUUACAUUGCUCUAUUUUGGAACAUUCAUUUGAUACAAGUGUAAAGAAGAUUAUUUGUACGAUGGUACUCAUUGUGAACUCGGAGUGGAUCCUUGCCACGGCAGCCUUUUUUGUCGGUGCGAUUUUGUUGGAUAUAUACGGAUCGCAGAAAAUUUGUACUCUACUGUUAUUUAUUUCAUU